GCACAAAACAAUACCUUGUAUUCGUCGGAGCGAAUAGCGCGGUAUAUUCAAGGAUUGCGCCUGGUAUAUUCUUAUAGUCUGUCAUUCCACUUGAAAUUCAUGGACCAAGGACUAAGAAAUAGCUAUGUGCAAUGAGUUAUGCUGCCACACUUCGCCAACAUACGAUGAAUGACAGAUACAUCAUUGGUUGUGAAUUCUUUGAAAGAGGCUGAGGGUCAUUAAUUAUUGUCACCACUCACCAGCAUUCUGCCGUAUAGGUUUCCACCACGGCAGCGUCAUGCCAGAGGGUCCGAGCGUAAGACGGUGGGGUGACACCGCUCGUCAAUUCAUCCAUAAACGCAUCGAGGAGGUCAAAGGAGUUAGCAAGGUUAUGGAGCGCGAAAGAUGGAGAGGUGCCUGUAUCAAUGCCGUCGUCGUCUAUGGCAAGCAGUUGUUUCUCCAACUCCUUCACAAUAGUCCUUCAGGAAACGACACAAGGAGCGAUGGUGAAUCGGACACAUCUGCAAAAAAGAAAACUAUAAAGGCAUGUGAUCACAAAGAAGAGAAUAUUGACGAUGGAGAAGACUCCAUCUGGUACCGGUAUCACUUCUUGAUGUGGGGUAGCCUACGAGCGAAUGAAUACAAAGAGCCAUCAAAACGCUCGAAGCGAGCAAAGAAAUCAGAAGCACCAAAAGCUCCAAAUCCUAUGGUGGAGUUUCACUUCGAGGAUAAGACAUUUCUUGUCUUCUACGGUGGCAGCAUCCGUAUCGUUGACGGGCCAUGUGAAGAUGAAGGGACGGACGUUCUAUCCGAGACAUUUGAUUUCGAAAAGGCGGCGACGGCGUUACUGAAACCAAUACCAAUCUGCUACACCAUCAUGGACCAGACGCACUUCGCAGGAGCCGGUAACAUCGUCAAGAAUGAAGUGCUCUAUGCGUGUCGAAUGCAUCCUCUGGAACUAGGAAGCAAUUUGACCCGAUCUGAAGUCGUGCGACUCGCCGAGGAAGUCGUGCGAUUUACAAAGGACUGGCUGAAGUGGGAGGAAGAGCUGCCGGAGUAUCAGAAAUUUGGCUCCUGGCUGAAGAUGUACUGGAAGUUCAAAUGUCCCGACGGUCAUAAGACUAUAAGAGGAUUCUUUGGAGAUGAACUGAAGAGAAUGACGAUGUGGUGUCCUGAAUGCCAAGGACUGAGAGUUGAGAGUGAUAUAUCAAAGGCAGAGCUAGCAAACAUUGGGAAAAUUAAGAAAACUACAAAUGUGAAACGUGAGAAUAAAGAUGAAUCUGAUGAUGACGGUGAUGUGAAACGCCCAAAGAAAAUGAAAUCGGUAAAGGCACCUGGUAAAAGAAAAGCGGUUGUGAAGAUGUCGGGGAAGAAGAAUCUGAGAUUGAACUACGAAGACGAUGAGGAUUUUGAUCAAGUGCCUCUUACGUCAUGUACAUCAAAGUCUAGGAAAGUGAGCGUUUCCAAAGGACAGAAGAAGAAGAGAUCUCCUCCAACCAGAACAAAACCAAGGGAAAGGGAAUUUGUAGAACCGUUGAGUGAAUGCAAGGUAUCCGAAGGUGCCUCAAAGAAGCAAUCAAGAAAACGGACUCAUUCAGAGAUGACCAGAACGGAACAAAAUAAGAAGGACAAAGUAUUAUGUACGAAAGUCAAACAGGAAUGCCGUCCAGAUGAUGCUGAUGACGUCGACGUUAAGAACAAAAGAUGCAAGGGGAUAAGCUUGAAAGCCCGAGUCAAAGUUGAAAAUCAGGGAAUUGAAAGUGAUAAGUCGGCAAGGGCAAAGACUCCUCAGAGGAGAAGCGCACGACUAAGCAAAAUAAAACUUGAGGUGUAA